AUGAUACGAUUCUUCUUCUGUGGAACUCGCAGCGGGUAUCGGAUUCAGGUGGAUCCGGACGGAAACGCCACCAGAGCCAUUUACUACAUGGAGAGAGAACUGGCCAACCUCGACCCAACCCGACCGGGAAACUACAACCGCAUGGACACCAUGAGUGAGGUGAGUUCUCUUCAUGACAGAGGUCGUGCGCCUGCUCAGUAUGAUCAGGACGAGGCCAUGAGCACCAUCAGCAGCGUGUCUCAGCAUGUGCACCGUCGCCCUGACGACCGUCGCCCUGACGACCGUCGCCCUGACGACCGUCGCCCUGACGACCGUCGCCUUGACGACCGUCGCCCUGACGACCGUCGCCCUGAUGAUCGGCGCGGGGCUGACUCCUGCGGCCGCGCUCGCUCCAUGGACAACUUGGAUGACAUUGGCCGCCGCUAUGAUCGCGACGACCGCGGCGAGUACCGGCGCCGCCCCGAGGAGCCGCGGGGCCGCAGAGGUUCUGACGAUGGAUGGAGCAGCAGCGCUCGCAGUGGAAACGACCGUGGAUACGACCGUGUCUAUGACGACCGCAGGAGGCGGGACUACUCUCCUGACGACCGCCACAGUGACGCAAACAGCGGGUUGGCGGGACGACGCAGCCGCAGUCGCGACGAUCUGAUGGACCUGGAGAGAGAGCGUCGCUAUGGCGACGGAGGCCGAGGGGGGCUGGACUACGACGACGGCCUCCUGCGGGAGGCGAUGGAGCGCAAGAAGAUGAGCGAGCAGCAGAGGACGCACAGCCGUGACCGCCUGGACACGGAGAGGCCUCCUCCUCUACCCUCCAACCCCCCCUCCGGGUAUCCAGGGCGCCAUGACGACUACCCCCCUCCUCUGCCUCCCCCCUACAGUGACAACGAGAGCAUGUCAUCUGCAAAGAAGAGCAACCUCCGAAAGAACGGAGCCGUGAGUCGAGAAAGUCUGGUGGUGUAG